ACGGGUUAGGUUGGAGGAGAAAGAAAAAACGGGAAUGUGACGAAAAGUUGUCUGCUUUUUUAAGGAAACUCGUCGAUAAAUGCCAGAAAAAUGCUGUCUACACUGAAAACCUCAAUAAUAUGGCGUUUCCUAAACGAAACAAAAGCCAUUACAACGACUACCAUCAGUGUAAACAAUUAUCAACAUCGGAGGAGACUCAAUACCACGACCCGAAUUUUCUCAGAUAGGGAAUCUGUUACCUUGACAACAGCCAAACAGUGGACUCACAGUUCGAAUAUAAUCUUGAUGGGCAGUCCAGGAAGUGGCAAGUCUACAGUCGCUCGUAUCUUGGCCAAAAAACUCAACAAGCCUUCAAUUGACAUUGACAAUGACAUCCUGGAACCCAUGUGGGGCGUCAAGAUAUCGGAAAAGCUAAAAGAAAAGGGAUCUAAACAUUUCAUUGAGGAAGAGGGCAAAGCCUUAAUGACUGUUAAAGCAGAAAAUAGCAUAAUAUCUCUCACUGGGUCCAAUCCACUACACGAUGAAGCCAUGCGAUACAUCGCAAACACAGGUUACGUUAUUUUCUUAGACUAUCCCGCUAAAGGAAUCCUACAGCGGCUGCAUAAAAUGAAAAUAGACAGAAUUGUGGGACAAGAAAUUGGAACUCCAUUAACAGAUAUUCUUGAACAUCGGCAAAUGACUUAUGAACAAGCUUACGACAUUCGAAUUUUGUGUGAGGAAAACGAGAGUCCGGAGUCUGUGUCAGAGAAAGUGAUUGAAGCUUUAGCCGUUCUGGAAGAGGAUCAGGGGUACGUGUCUACGAGACAAGAUAAAGACUCUGUGAGUGUGCAAGAAAGAACAUCGCUAGGCGAGAUUCUGUUACAGGGCCUAGCUCCCGACGGAGGUCUGUACGUGCCCGCGCUUCAGAUUCCGUGUUUAUCCAAGGGUGAGUGGAGUCGCCUGGUGAACAUGAGCUAUCGAGAUCGAGCUCUGCGGAUCAUGGAGAGGCUCAUCAAUCCGUGUGAUCUCCACCCAUCCAAGCUGAGACUCUUCUUGGAGCGAGCCUACAACAAUGAGACGUUCAGUCAUGAAAAAAUAUUCCCAGUCAGGCACUUAAAAGACAAUCACUUUCUGUUGGAGCUUUUCCAUGGACCAACAGCCUCCUUUAAAGAUGCAGCUCUGCAGUUGAUGCCUCAGAUGUUUGUGGAUGCUUUACGGCAUAAUGAGUUUAAAACAGACAGUAGCAGGUACAUUAUAUUAGUGGCUACCUCCGGAGACACAGGAAGUGCCGUACUCGACGGAUUCCGCAGACACGCAGAGGGCAGUGGAGUGGGUGUGAUUGUCUUGUUCCCUGAGCACGGUAUCAGUGAAGUCCAGCGGCUACAGAUGACGGCCAUGAGUGGGGGCAACGUACAGGUGUUAGGAAUUGACGGCGACUUUGACUUGUGUCAGGGGAUGGUCAAGCGGGCAUUCCAGGACCAGGAUCUGGCCAGCUGGUUGUCUAAUAAUGGCAACUUCAGACUUAGGUAUAAAAAUGCUGCGAACUCCAUCACUUGGGGUCGACUCCUGCCUCAGAUAGUGUUCCAGGUGUCGGGCUACCUUGACCUUGUGGAACAGAAGGUCAUCUCCCUUGGAGACGAGGUGGAUGUAUGUAUACCCACAGGAAACUUUGGAAACAUACUGGGAGCUUUUUAUGCACAGGCAAUGGGAAUUCCAUUCAGGCGACUUGUAUGUGCAUCCAAUGCCAACAACACUCUCACAGAAUUCAUCAACUCUGGAGUGUACGACAUCCGAUCCAGACAGAUCCAGAAGACCCAAUCUCCGGCCAUUGAUAUCCUGAAAGCCUCCAACCUGGAGCGCUUCAUCUACCACAAGUCGGACCGCGACUCUCAGCUUGUACGCAAAUGCUUCAAGGAGCUGGAGGAAAAUCAGUGCUUUGAAGUUUCUGGACAGCUUUUGGAAGACAUACAGAAAUCCCUGGUAGGAAAAUGGUGCUCAGAGGCUGAAUGUGUCAACACCAUUAAGAACUGUUUUGAGACAACGGGAUACUUGUUGGAUCCACACACAGCAAUUGCCAAAUUUGUGGCAGAUCUUGUCAAUGAUGUAGAUGUGCCCAUGAUCAUCAAUGCCACGGCACAUUAUUCAAAGUUUGCCCCCCAGGUUUUGAGAGCCCUGGGCCACAAAAAAGACAUCAAAGACAAGAGUAUGUCGGAGCUGUUUGAUAUGGCUAGCAAAAUCACUGAUUCUCCCAGCAUGCAUAGCAGGUUAAAAGAAUACAUCAAGUCUUCAGAUGUCAAUGAAAAAGUUUUGAAACCAAAUUACGAGGAUGUAGAAAGAGCGAUCAAAAUAUUUUCACAUAAAAUCUAGAUGAUGUUUGUGUAUUCUGCUCUCCUUUUAUUCUCGGCAAAAACUGCAAAGUUUUGUUUGAAUGAGACCCAAUUUUAAUAUGUUGUUCUUCAUACAUCUUCUCAGUGAAUUGUAAUCCAACUGAUACAGUGUAUAUUGUGUACAGACUUUAGUAGCUUUCCUUCUCUCUGAUUUGUAAACUCUUGUAGAACAUACUUGUGUCAACGUUUGUAUUUUGACGCAGUAUUGAAAGAGACUGAAGUGCCAUCCUUUAUAUAUACAUCUUCUUUUUUCGUGUAUUGUAAUUGUGUACAGCGUAUCUGUGCUGGACUUAAGGAGAUUUGAUAGUGAAAUACAUGUUAUAUAGUUUGAAAUAACCAAGAAGUUGACAUCAUUAGCAUGAUCUUCAAGUUAUAAUUACUGUGCUCCCAAACAAAGUAUGUUGCCUAUUGAAAUAUUUUUCUCCUUAAGUACUGUACAGAAAUUUGUAUUUAAUUGUUUUGAUUUUGUAAAGGGGGGGUUUAUUGGGUGGAUGAAACCAUUUGUAGUUAAUAAGUGCUAUACCUUUUUAUUUAAGCUAUUCUACUCGGUAUUCUCAUGUAUUUUUAAAUCAUGAGUGUCAACAGUGCUAACAUUCUAAAUUUCACAAGUUUUUGAUUUUUAUCCAUUAAAACAUGGCAGACAGAACUUAGAUAUACAUGUACAGACCCAUGUUUUAUGUUUACUUUCUGUUGAUUUCCUAAAAGCACUUUUAAAAUAUAAGUCUCAAUUUAUAAAUUAUUCAGUGUUUUAUAUCUCUUCAUUAGUCGUAAGAUAUUUGCACUGAUGAAACAGCAGUGGUCUGUUUUGUCUCAGAAUCAUGGUUUGAUAAUUCUGACUUUGUGGUUUAAAAACAUAUUACACUUUGUUGUGUUAUUUCAAUUUUGUAAAUUGUGGGAAUGUAAGGAAAUGAGUGAAAGAUAGACAAUAAAUAGCUUGUAAUCUGUG